AUGCAGAUUGAUUUCGGUUCAAUUUUACCACUUCUCAUCAUUUUACUCAUAUCAAAUUUAUUCACCCGAAGGCUCUUCAGUAAAGCUACUACUGCGAAGAAAAUGGUCUCUCAACAAACUAUCACUCGUGUCAAGGAUCUAAUUGCCAAGAACAAAAUCUUUGUGGCUUCCAAGACCUACUGUCCUUACUGUCAAGCUACUCUAAAGACCUUGUUUGAUGACUUGAAUGUUCCAAAAUCCAAGUCUUUGGUCUUGCAAUUAAACACCAUGGAUGAUGGUGCAGAAAUCCAAGAGGCAUUGUUCGAGAUUAAUGGCCAAAAGUCUGUUCCUAACAUCUAUAUUGAUGGUAAGCACAUCGGUGGUAACAGUGAUUUGCAAGAAUUGAAAAAUGCUGGUAAAUUGGACGAAGUGUUGAAGGAAGCACUAGCUUAA